UUUUAGACAGAUUAGCUUUUAAGGUAAAUUUGACAAAACCUACAUUGGAGAAUAGGAUUGUAUGCAAUAAGGAUAGACUGGAACAACUCAAUUGUCGAUCUUCUUUCCUUUGACAUGAAUUUCUGUUGGUAAUAGAGUACAACCAACCGCUCCGCAGAUCAAAUUGUAGCCGAGUUAGAAUCAUUAGGAGGAAAUAUAAUGUGCUCUUCAUCGCGAGAAUCUAUUAUGUAUCAGUCAGCCAUAUUUUCUCAAGAUCUCAAGCGAGUUUUAUCAUUAUUUUCCGACGUAGUAACCAAGCCGAUCAUUCAUGAAAGCGAAGUUGAAGAGCAACGACAAACAGCCUUAUAUGAAAUCAACGAGAUCUGGUCGAAACCUGAGAUGAUCUUGCCUGAAAUUUUGCAUACCGUUGCUUAUGAAGGAAAUACCCUUGGUAAUCCUUUACUUUGUCCACCUGAAAGCUUGGAAUCAAUGACGCCCGAUCUUAUUAGGACUUAUAUGAAGACCUGGUAUAGACCAGAACGCAUGGUUAUUGCAGCUUGUGGGGCAGAGCAUGAUCGUGUUGUUGAGUUGGCAGCUCAAUAUUUCGGUGAUUUACCUGCCUCUGCUCCUACUGACAACUUGGAUUCCGUAAUGACACAUACAGAAGCAAUAAAGAGACAAUUUGAACAAGCUCAAGAACGAAAUGGCUCACCAUUAUCAUCAUCAGUAAACAACUCACAGGGAGGCAAGACUGUCAAAGGCCUUGUCAAAACAAUAUUUGAUGACAUGAAAAAGAAAAAAAUAGUAGAGGAUACGCCAUACUCCAUAGCAACAAAGCCUGCUUCUUACACUGGCGGUCACUCCUUUUUGGAAGCAGGAGCUGAAUCACCUCUCACUCAUGUAUAUCUCGCCUUCGAGGGUUUGUCUAUUGAUGAUCCAGAUAUUUAUGCCCUUACUACAUUACAAAUAUUGCUUGGAGGUGGUGGAUCAUUUUCAGCUGGCGGACCAGGCAAAGGCAUGUACUCACGUCUAUUCACACAUGUUCUCAAUCAGCAUUACUGGGUUGAAUCGUGUCAGGCGUUUAACCACUGUUAUACCGAUUCUGGCUUAUUCGGUAUUGCAGGAUCGUGCCAACCCGAAUACGCCAAUGCCUUGCUUGAAGUUAUGUGCCGCGAAUUAGAUUUGGUCUCCCGAAAUGAUGUAAGCCGGUUUUCAGUGACGGAAAGCGAGUUGAAUCGUGCCAAAAACCAAUUGAAGAGCUCGCUACUCAUGAAUUUAGAAAGUCGUAUGGUACAAUUGGAAGAUUUAGGCCGACAGGUACAAGUUCAUGGAAAGAAGACGGGUAUUGACGAAAUGUUGAGUAAGAUUGAUAAAGUGGAUGUCAAGGAGUUGAGAAGAGUAGCAAGUCGUGUGGUUCGUGGUGCAGUGCGUAUGUCAAGUGGUGGUACAGGAAAAGCAACAGUAGUUGUGCAAGGAAAUCUCCAGGGUUUAGGAGAUGUCAAUGCUACUAUUGAAAAAUAUGGUUUAGGUAGCGGAAACUAAUUUUGGAAUGAUAGAUGAUCGAACCAGCAACAUAGACAUGUCGAUAUAAAUAAAUUUGUAACAGUAUAGCCCGUGUGUACUUAUUUUGCUUUAGGGGUUUGAAGCAUCCUCUUAUACAUAGACUUUUUGUAGUUUUAGAACAUACACGAUUGUCUUUUUCUUUGCUAAUUUAUCUUAUUCCUUCCAAAGUGAAAAUCGUCUUGUCC